AAAAUAUCUAAGACAGAUCAAUGGGGCCCACUAUUCACCUAUAAAAAAACGCCAAAAAGACAGUUCACCAGUUAAAAAUCGACGAUCCAAAAAACGCUGAGAACGUAGUGGAAAGCAAAGUAGACGUCCGUGCUUGUUACACGUGUCCAUUUCGGAUUUUCUCGUACACGUAAGUCACCGCGUCGUAUAAGACCCCUUCGUCUCUGAUCUCCGAAAUUCAAAAACAGUGGAGCGUUGAGGGACAAGGCGAGGAGAAACGUUCCGCGUGAAAGCGAAGACCGAGUUAUCGACUCGCUUCUAACCCGGACGAAGCAGACCGAGUCUUCUCUUCUUCUCUAUCUCUUUGAUUUCGUUCUUCUUCUUCUUCCUGCUUUGGAUUGGAGUUUGAUGGGAGGAGGAGAGGUGUGUAAGGUGAUGGGAGGUUGCUCAUUGCCUUCCGGCGCGGCUAACAGAGAUUUCGGCUGUUCUUGGCGGCGUUGAAAACUAGGGUUGUUCUAUGGUGCUGCAUCGCUCUCGCUCUCAUCGUUCUCGCCUGCCGAUCCUCGCCUGCCGAUCCUCGCCGUCUCCCUUCGCCGGUUUCGCCAACCAAUCCGCCGCCGCCGCAGACCGCCUCACAGAUCAGGGAAAGGUUACACACUUCUGAUGAACACAUGGAAGCUAUAUGAUCUCCUGAAGAAGUCUGUUAAUUUAGCACUAUGCAUCAUGUUCCAGGCUCGAUUCUAUCCACAUUGUGUGGAGUUAGCCUAACCCUCCAUCUGAUUCCCUUAAGGAGUACCUUGGACACGUCGUAAAAAAGAAAUCCCGAGAUGGGAAGGAGCUUGAGUUGAGAUUUGAUAUUAACAAAGAAGACAGUCUGAACAACAGAUUUAAAGAAAUUAAGGACUUGAAGACGGAUGCUGUCUUCUCGAUAGACAAUGAUGUCAUAUUCCCUUGCUCCAUGGUAGAUUUUGCAUUCAACAUCUGGGAGAGUGCUCCGGAUGCCAUGGUGGGGUUCGUGCCACGUGUUCACUGGCCAGAAAAAUCGUGAUUUUGCUGGCAGGGCGCUAUUGUUCGAUAAACAUCUUGUGAUUUGCUGUUCGAAAUUGGGACUCUACUACAUAUUACCAUUCGAGAAGAUUAGGAAAUUCCUAUAUGCAGGUGAUAAUCCGCUGUUAUCGAUCUUUCCUCUGCAGAACGACGAUGAAGGGAAAUACUACAAGUACAGCGGGUGGUGGUAUGUGUGGUGGACUGGUACAUAUAGCAUGGUGCUCUCAAAGGCAGCCUUCUUCCACAACAAGUACCUCACUCUUUACACAAAUGGAGUGCAGUCAUCAAUCAGGCAAUUCAUAACCAAGAACAGGAACUGCGAAGAUAUCGCCAUGUCAUUCCUGGCUGCAAAUGCCACAUGCUCCUCCUAUAUGGGUUAAAGGUUAUUUCCAAUCUUUCUUUCUUCCUCGAUCGGCCCCGAUCUAUCUCUGGCAUUAUGUGAUUCAUGUAUAUACAUACCCUUUGGACCGACGCUUACUGGUCCGGUAAAUGAGAUCGGAUCGACGGGAAUAAGGAGAUUGGGAGGGCAUACAGAGAAGAGAACAAUAUGCGUGAACAGGUUCGUGGCUGAAUACGGGAAGAUGCCAUUAGUGUACAGUUCCAUGAAGGGAGUUGAUAGCCGCGGCUUAUGGUUUUGGUGAUUAUUCCCAAGUCUUUGCCUUCGUAAGAUUUUUAUGUAGAUAAUUCAGACCCUUGUUAUCUCCACAGAUCCUCAUUUCUUCUUCCGAGGAAAGAGUCCUAUUCCGCAAAUCAAAAAUCUGUAAAUAUUUUGUAAAUGUGUAUAUACAAUAUGAAUUCUUACAAAUCACAAGUA